UCUACAUUUUGUACAAGUACUAUUUGAAAUCUGGCAACUCACUUAAAUACUUCUGUCAAAUGUCAAUGUCAGCCACAACCAGCCCAGACAGGAGCACAAAAUUAUGGAAUUCUGUACAGUGAGUGAAAUGUGAAAAAUUAAAAUUAAAUUAUGUUUAUACUUGACGAUAACAAAAGUUAAAUCAAUCAUUUGUAUAACAUAAAUCUAUGCAUUCCAGCAAAAAAAUACGUAUUCAAGUGUAUGAAAGUGUGUGAAUUGUUCUAGUGCCGUUUAACAAGUAUUUAUCGAAGUGCAAUUACUACUUAAUUAAUAUGAUUUGGAUUUUAUAACAUAGUUAUCUACGAAAAGUGUGUACUAAGACCAUUUUCCGUAACUAUAAAAUAUACUGCGACAUCAAAUAGAACAAUAAUAAAACAAGUAUGGAGACGGACGAAGAUAUUUCCCGAGGCAACAUGCUGGACGACAUGCCUCCCAUCAGCUGCGACGUGACCCUCGAGGGAGACGUCGGCACAGGCUCGAACGACAUCGGAGACAUGACAUUCUGUAUGGGAAACUAUAUCAGCGAUUUCAUGAAGAUGAUGUUCACGAUGCGGUCACAUCACAUGCUGACUGACGUCGUGCUCGAGGUCGGCAACGAGCUGUUCCAUGUUCACAAAGUCGUCCUGGCUGCAGGAAGUCCGUACUUCAAAGCUAUGUUCACAAGCGGCCUGAAGGAGUGCGAGAUGUCGCGCGUUCGUCUGCAGGGCGUGUGCCCCUCGGCCAUCGCGUGGCUCGUGUACUUCCUGUACACCGGCAAGAUCCGGAUCACUGAGAUUACUGUCUGCCAGCUCCUACCCGCCGCCACUAUGUUCCAAAUAUCGAACGUGAUUGACGCGUGCUGCGCCUUCCUGGAGCGCCAGCUGGACCCCUCCAACGCCAUCGGGAUCGCCAACUUCGCCGAACAACAUGGCUGCGUCGACCUCAAGAAGAAAGCGAACCAGUUCAUUGAGAGGCAUUUCACGCAGGUCUGUCAAGAAGAAGAGUUUUUACAGUUAACGCCACAAGAGUUGAUCUGCAUGAUUCGUAAAGAUGAGCUCAACGUGAGGGAGGAAAGAGAAGUCUAUAAUGCUGUGUUGAGUUGGGUAAAAUACGACGAGGACAGGCGACACCCGCGGAUGGAGCACAUCCUGCAAGCCGUCCGCUGCCAGUACCUCACGCCGAGCUUCCUCAAAGAGCAGAUGAGUACAUGCACUGUGCUCAAAAAAGUUCCCGCCUGCAGAGAGUACCUCGCUAAAAUAUUUAAGGAUCUCACGUUACACAAGAAGCCAGUGGUAAAGGAGCGGAGGCCGAACACGCCGCGCAUCAUAUACGUGGCCGGCGGCUACUUCAGACACUCCAUAGACCUAUUCGAAGCCUUCAACUUGGACGACAACUGCUGGACCACGCUGCCGAGACUAACUGUGCCUCGCUCGGGACUGGGCGCUGCGUUUUUAAAGGGUCUGUUCUACGCAGUGGGCGGGCGCAACACAUCCCCCGGCUCGUCGUACGACAGCGACUGGGUGGACGUGUACAACCCCGCCACCGAGCACUGGCGGCCCUGCAGCCCCAUGUCCACGCCCCGACACAGGGUAGGCGUUGCAGUAAUGGAUGGAUUAUUAUACGCAGUCGGCGGUUCAGCCGGCUCAGAAUAUCACAAAUCAGUUGAAUGUUACGACCCCGAACACGACGCGUGGACGUCGGUAGCGUCGAUGGGUUGCGCACGUUUGGGCGUGGGCGUGGUCGUUGUGAACCGGCUGCUGUACGCUGUAGGCGGGUUUGACGGCGCGAGCCGUAUCGCGUCUGUUGAGUGCUACCAUCCUGAAAACAACUGCUGGAAUGACGUCGCUCCCAUGAAUAUCGCUAGAAGUGGAGCAGGCGUAGCAGCAUUGAACCAAUACAUCUACGUGGUGGGCGGCUACGAUGGCUCGCAACAGCUGGCGUCCGUAGAGCGCUACGACACGGAGCGCGACACCUGGGAGCUCGUAGCGCCCGUACACAUCGCGAGGUCCGCGCUCUCGCUCACAGUGCUCGACAACAAACUAUACGCGCUCGGUGGGUACGACGGCACGUCGUUCCUGGACAUCGUGGAGGUGUACGACCCGGCCAGCAACUCGUGGUCGAGCGGCACGUCGCUGACGUCCGUCCGGUCCGGGCACGCGUCGGCCGUGUGCUACCAGCACGUGGCGCCGCACUCGGACGCGUGCGAGGCGCAGCCCACCAUCAUCAAGAAGCUCGGCAAGCGUCCCUCCGCCGCGGGCUCGUCGCUGUCCGCCGCCUCGUCCGGCUCCUCCAUGUCCCGCAACGACGACAUCCCCACCGCCAACAACAUCAUCGGAACGCUGUCCAACUCCAGAACGCCCUGCGACUACAUGUAGUGAACGCAUCCAACCACGCACAGGUGAUUGCUCGCCCGCGGCUCCGACCGCGUGUACGGGUACUGGAGCGACGGCAUGAACUUCCCGUAAUCUCAAAUUAUGUGCAUGUUCAAUUCUGGUCAUAUCGCAAAGUAAGGAGCCCCGGGGUUUGACAUUCUGUUAGGUAUUCAGAUUAUGAUGAGUUUCAUAAGAGAUUCAUAAGUUAUUUUAAAUUAUUUAGCCCAGUUUUAUACUAAUAAUCCACAAAGACAAUUAAUAUUUAAAUCAAUUGUGAUAACUGAAUGAUCUAAGGUGCUGAAUAAUCAAAUUUGCUGGUACACAUAAUGUUGAAUAAACUGCAUAAACAAUAAUGAGAAGUAUUAGUGUUCCGCCGAUACUGCAUGGGCAAUGUAAAUAUAAUCACUCAAGUUAGAUAGUAAAUCGAUUAUGACUAAUUUGUGUGGAAAUAAUAGAUGGCGGGUGAAGCGUUGACAGAUAAUAUUUGGCCUAACAUUCCUUCGGCACGAACAAACCGCAGUUCGUGAGCCAGCCGAUUUUGUAAUACAGAGUUUAGAAAUGUUGACUUAAAAAUAAUUUUAUUUUUAAAAGACUUCCUGUUUUAUGUAAAUAAUUUUAAGUUUGUAUGGAAAUUAAAUGUUAUGUAUAAUUUAAUUAUUAUUAUUAUGUACAAAUUUCUUUAAGUUUAGGUGUAAAUCAUACUUUCCAACGUAUCCUAUAGAUAGACAAUAGAAAAUAUGUAAAUACAAUUUACUAUAAUUCAUAAGGAAAAUAAAGACUGUUAUGGGAAUAAAA